AUGUCGAUCAAGGUGGAUGCUGAUAAAUCAGCGAAAUCCCGUGCGGAUGGUAAUGUAUCGUUCAAGAAAGGAAAAUGGGUAGAAGCCAUAGGACAUUAUACGAAUGCGAUUAUAUACAAUCCGACUGAACAUAUAGCUUAUUCCAAUCGUGCACAAGCGUUCUUGAAGCUUGACAAGUACCAAGAUGCUGAGAGAGACUGUACAACUUGUUUGAGUUUGGACGGAAGAAAUGUGAAAGCUUUAUAUAGAAGGGGAUUAGCUAGAAAAGGUUUGGGGAAAGUCGAAGGGGCGAUUCAAGAUUUAGAACAUGUCCUAAGUAUAGAGAAGAACAAUCAAAUUGUACAAGAUGAAUUAGAGGAAUUACAAUUAAUCUUGCAAAAAUCGAAAGAAAAGAAGAACUAUAUUUCUAAAAGACCGAUAUCCCCUCCUCGCUCGAUACCAUCAGCUAGUAUCGAAGAGAUAUCAGAUGAAACAUCUACCCUAAGCAUAGAACCCCCUUCAUCUCCAUCCUCGUCUGCGACUGAGAUUUCAAGCGACUCUCAUAAGAAAUUGAAUGAGAUCCAGAAACCAUCUAUGAAUCCAACAAAUACAGUUGAUGGCGGUCCCGGUACAACGUCUAGUUCAUUUGCUUCGCUCAAACAAGCUAGACAAGGUAAAAAGAAGACUUUCGCCAAUAACUCAACAAUACCUUCUGCAUCAAGUAUAUCUCCCGAGACCAAGGAUCAACAGCCUACAACGAAAGCGAAUCCCACUGAACCUUCGUCCUCGACAGACCGAUCCAGAAUCAGUACUCCAACUACAGCUUCAACAAUUAUAUCGAAUGGUUCCACCACGAAUAGACCCAAACAAUUUAUAACACCUGAGAAUCCCUCACCGUGCACAAUAUCCACACCGUCCACCUCAAAUCCAUCGCCUCCUUCCACAUUACCUGCUAAUCUGGACGUACAAUCCAUUUCACCCGGAUCGGGUCUCCUCCUCCUACGUCAUCUGUCUUCUUCGUCUUCAUACAACUACGAUCUACUUUCCCUAUAUCCAGCAUCCAAUAUCCCUAUCAUCCUUAAAGACCUCUUGGAACCUGAUAAUUUAGGUUUGAUCCUUUUGGCUUUGUCCCAUGGUAUCGACCAUGACAAUACUUCAGAAGGUAAAACCAAUAUAAAAGAGGUUUUGGUAAGGCUGAAACAAACUAAAAGGUGGAAGAUCAAUUUCGCAAUGUUGAGUCGCAAAGAGAAAGAUGCAGGUGAAAAGGCUUGGAAAGGAUGUGGUGGACAAGGUGAAUUGAGAUAA